AUGGAACCUUCUCAGCGAGAUGCCCAGCCGGCGGCGUCCCCGCUUACCUCUAACGGGGAGGGGUCUCCCUCACCCGUAAAGGCCGCGCCGGCUCCCAAGGCCGGCAGAAAGCUCCCAGAAUGGCUGGAUCACUUCAAUGCCCGCGAUCUUAAGGUGCUAUUCCGUUGCUCGCUGGCUGCGUGGGUGGCGUUGCUGUUGGUCUUCAUCAUGCCGUCUGUGAGCGUCAUUGGUACUGCAACUUUUUUUGCAGCGUUGGUACUCUUCAUGGUGCCCCCGACUGGCAUUGUCUUUAUUUUCCUUUUAGGAACUCUGACUCUCGUAAUUGGUAUGGCUUUGGGCUGGGGCUGGGGUGUGGUCGUCAUGAAGGCAGCUAUGGCAGCCAGACCAGCGGCCGAGACCCAGGCCAAGAUUCAAGCCCUAGGACAGGCCGCAUACAGCCAGGCCAAUUCCACCGGACGCCCCGUGGCAGCUAUCCAGCAGGAGCUUGUCUACACCGGCUGGAUGCUUGACUCUCGUGUCACGGCUGUCUAUUAUUGCCUAAUCUGUUUGUUCAUUUAUUUAAUCUCUCGUCUUCGGGCUAUGAACCCCAAAUUCAUGCUGAUGCAGAUUUUCGGAAUCAUCAUCAUCGAUGUUUCUCUGACCAUUGGCCCGCUGCUUCCAUCAUUUAGCGGUACUAUCCCUAAGGUCUUGAUCGAGCCUGCCGCUAUUGGAAUUGGAUUGGGCCUGGUCUCCCAUUUCAUCUUCUUUCCUCGGUCCACCUCCCAUGUCGUGCUUGGUGGCAUGGAGGGACUGGUGCAACUACUCAAAGGGCCUCUAGAUGUCACAGAGAACAGUCUUCUAAAGGGUGAAGAUUUAGCUAUGGCAGAUUUGCAAAAGAUCAAGGUGAAGGCUAUUGCUGCUUACAAGAAUCUCAAGCCGGCACUGAGCUUUUUGCCGCUGGACUUCUCCGUCGGUUGGUGGGGUGCUGAUGACGUUAAGAGCAUGAAGAAACCAAUCCGCCAGGCUUUGAUAAAUAGUCUGUCCCUUCUGGAAGUUCACAUUGCCCGCAUCGGGGGAUACACGAAGCUAGAAAAGCUGCACCAGCUUACUGUGGAUCGAGAUUCGGACUCUGAACCCCAGGUCAAUGGAAAGGAGAAAAAGCGUCCACGGGAAGUUGGCAUGCGCCAGCUGAUGGAGAGUAUUAAUUUGGUCCAAGCACUCCGGAGCCCGGAGCAUGAAUCUAUGCGAUCGGAAACUAUCGAGGUAUUGCGCGAGUCCAGCAAGGAUAUUAUUCCAGCGUGUCAGGAAGCUGUUGGGAUCAUCGCAGAAUCCCUUAAUACGGUUAAUAAGCGUUGGUUCGGUCGCCCUUCCAAGGAACAUCUCAAUCAGUUGCACGAGCGCAGUCAGACAGCGCUACAGAAUCUCCAGGCCCUACGCACAUCCUUUGCGACGGAAACCACCGAACGUCUAAUUCAAAUACAUGCGGAGAUCUUCGAUGAAAAGGGGAUGCUCAAGGCCCUUGACGAAAAUUCAUUGCCCAGAGUUCGAGGUAUCACCAUGGGAAUGAUCUUUGAAGAACAGUUACUCAAUGUUGUCGACGGGUGGGAGCGAGUCCUGGGACAGCUUGUCGCUCUCCUGAAGGAACGCCAGAAGAUCCGUCUGUGGCUACCCAACGGCUUGCGAUAUGCAGUCAACUGGUUUCGUCGAAAGAAUGCCAUUGCACCUGUGAUCGCGGCUGGCAACCCAGUCAUCGACCCUGAAGUCGCAGAGACACAGUCCAAAGCGGCACAGCAUCAUCUUCGCAUCAGCAGAGGAUAUCGUGCUAAGAGAGGCAACGGCUUUGCGCGCGCCGUUAUAGGCACCUACCAUUGGUUCAUCAACCCGGACGGUCUUUACGCAAUGCGCAUGGUUGCUGUCACCAUCGCACUAUCUAUUCCUGCUGCGAUUCCUCACACUGCGGGCUUUUAUUACCGCGAGAAAGGAAUCUGGGCCCUCAUCAUGGGACAGACGACACUGGUCAUAUACAUGGCCGAUUUCACUUUCUCCCUUCUUUCUCGAGCCAUUGGCACCAUUUUUGGCGGUAUCCUUGGCUUAGCUGCAUGGUAUAUCGGUUCAGGCCGUGGCGAAGGUAAUCCGUACGGUCUUGCCGCUAUCAUGGCUGUUGUCAUCACGAUUCUGAUGUGGGGACGUAUCUUCACCCCUCCUGCCAUGCUUCAGGCCAUGAUUAUGGCUGGUGCGACCUGCAUCCUGGUUAUUGGUUACAGCUUCGAGGAUACGCACAUCCCAACUUACGGCAAUCCUGGUUGGGGUUAUAAUGUUUUCUGGCGACGACUUGUGCUUGUUCUUAUCGGCUCCGCAGCAGCACUAAUUGUGCAGCUAUUCCCCCGCCCACCAUCCGCGUCGCGACACGUCUGCAAGUCCCUUUCUAACGUCAUUCGGUCAUUGUCGGAUCACUACGCGCUUCUCUUAUCCUGCUGGGGACAAGGGCGCGAAGAAGGCCUGGCUGCAGAGAAGUUGGCUCUUAACGUCGCUGAAAGUCUCACCGCACUGGACGGGCCGAUCGCGUUGCUGCGCUUUGAAUUUUCUAGCUCGCCAUUUGACAGCGACCGUCUCGGCCAAGUACAAUCGCUAUGUCAAGAACUCAACCAGAACAUUUCUCGCCUACUUUACCUAUCUGCUUCGCUGCCAGAACACCUACAAACCCGUCUAGCUCGUCAAGCUGGUCUCCUUGACCAUCACAAUAUCGGCGACGUCAUGGCUGUUCUAGGCGUGGUUGAACAAUCACUUAAGACGGGUGACCCCCUGCCCGAGGUGCUCCCAACACCAUUACUUAAUCGUUGCCACGAUUUCUGGACAACGCGACAGGUGGAUAUUAUGCUAAGCAAGGAUUUAAUUCGCGACGAGAACUACCGCCGGUUCUGCGUUGCCGUGAGCGCAUACCUCAAGUUUCUGGCCGCAGUGGAUGACCUCGUGCUUGUGAUGAAAGAGGCCGUGAAGCCACGCUCUAAAUACGAAGUCGCUCUAUGGUCCUUCAUAACCUCAUUCUGCGGUCUAUCAGUCGUGCAAGCAAUUUUUCACUAUUCCGACUACUUCAUAAAUCGCAAUGUACCGGGUAUAGUCGCAUCCUAUGGUGCAUCCGCAGUCCUCGUCUUCGGCGCAAUCGAAAGUCCCCUUGCACAACCGCGUGCUCUAGUCUUCGGUCAUUUCUUCAGCGCCUUAAUUGGUAUCUGCGUUACCAAAUUAUUCAGUCUGAUGCCCGAUCAGGCGCGGUUCGAGUCCCUCCGCUGGCUGGCUGCUUCGCUCUCAACAGCUAUUGCUAUCGUCGUUAUGCAGUUGACCGGAACUACUCACCCGCCUGCUGGCGCGACUGCUUUGCUCCCGGCUACUAGUGAGGAGAUCUGGCGGCUUUCUUGGUACUACUUGCCUGUAGUUCUGCUGUCUUCUGUUAUGCUCUUGGUGUGUGCGCUGCUCUUCAAUAAUUUGCAUCGUCGAUAUCCUGCAUUCUGGAUCGCGCCUACUCCGCCAAAGCCUGUUGUGCCUUCUCCUGUGCCCGUGCCUGUUGAUGUUUCAUUGGCAGAUGAGAAGACUGUGAAGUCUCCUGUUUGA